AUGGCUGCCGCACUAGCAGGACUCUCCGCCUCAGUCACGCGUAUUCUCUAUCUCAGUGGCUUCCCCAAAGAGCUGAAGACGAAGGACAUCCAGAGUGCCUUCUCGGAUUGGGAGGGCGUCAGUGGUGGCUUCAAGAUCAAGUGGCUUGACGAUACCAGUUUGUUGAUUGUCUUCCAGGAUGCACCAACCGCUAAGCGGGCGUAUCUCCAGACCCUUGCAUUCCCACCUCGCAUUCUCACAUCACCGAACGGGGUCAGCGCCAGCGUAAGGCCAUACGAUGGCGCAGACGCCCAGACCGUUAUCCAAAACGUCAACUCGCGCGGCCAGCACAAUCCCAACAACCCAUCUCGUCAUAAUAACCGUUCAGCCUCCAUCUCCGUCUUUCCCAACCGAGGUUCCAUCUCCGCCAAUACCGGUUAUCGUCCCGGCAACGUGCAGAACGUCAGUAUUCCGGAGUUUCAGUCGCAACAGAAUGGGCGCGAUCAGCCGUCGCCUACCUUGCCCAGUCUUCCCAGCCAUCCAACGCUCAACUCCCUGAUUAGCUCAUCUUUGGGUGAGGCUGUGAAGAAUGUCAAUCCCCCAUCGGAUCCGGCUAUUCUUGCGACGAGCUUGAACCCAGAUAUGAAUGGUCUUGCGGGAGGUCCAAGGAUUGGGAACCCUGGAAAGAGGAUGCUGGGUGCUGCGCUGGGCGUUAGGCAUCCAGCUUUGGGACCGAGGGUUGUGAAUGGAGGUAGCGCCGCCAAUGGUGGUGCGAAAGGCGGCGUCGACAACGUCAUGGGUGAUGUUAACAGAGCUAUGGGAGGAUUGGUAGUGGCUGAGUGA